CCGGGGGUGACCCCAGCGCCUCUGCCUGCGUGCGCGACUUGGGGGCGGCCGAUGGAUCUGCAUUCGGGUUCCAGCCUGGCGUUUCGCAUAUUGCUUCCUAACCCCCGACCCGGCGCUCCCAGUUGGGGUGCAGACGUCGUUCUGUAACCCACCACGAAUGAUGAAACCUUCCAUAGCCGAGCUGCUGCACAGAGGGAAGAUGCUGUGGAUUAUUCUUCUAAGCACAAUCGCUCUGGGCUGGACUACCCCGAUCCCCCUGAUCGAGGACUCAGAGGAGAUAGAUGAGCCCUGUUUUGACCCAUGCUACUGUGAAGUCAAAGAGAGCCUCUUUCACAUACAUUGUGACAGUAAAGGAUUUACAAAUAUUAGCCAGAUUACCGAGUUCUGGUCCAGACCUUUUAAACUAUAUCUGCAGAGGAAUUCCAUGAGGAAAUUGUACACCAACAGUUUUCUGCAUUUGAAUAACGCUGUGUCCAUUAACCUUGGAAACAAUGCCUUGCAGGACAUUCAAACAGGAGCCUUCAACGGCCUUAAGAUUUUAAAGAGGCUGUAUCUACACGAGAACAAACUAGACGUCUUCAGAAAUGACACUUUUCUUGGCUUGGAGAGUCUCGAGUAUCUGCAAGCAGAUUACAACGUCAUCAAACGCAUCGAGAGCGGUGCAUUUCGGAACCUCAGCAAGCUGAGAGUUCUGAUUUUAAAUGAUAAUCUCAUCCCCAUGCUUCCCACCAAUUUAUUCAAGGCCGUCUCCCUAACGCAUCUGGACCUCCGGGGGAACAGGCUGAAGGUCCUUUUCUAUCGAGGGAUGCUCGACCACGUCGGCAGGAGCCUGAUGGAGCUCCAGCUGGAGGAAAAUCCCUGGAACUGUACGUGUGAGAUCGUGCAGCUGAAGAGCUGGCUGGAGCGCAUCCCUUACACUGCCCUGGUGGGAGACAUCACCUGUGAGACCCCCUUCCACUUCCACGGGAAGGACCUGCGAGAAAUCCGGAAGACAGAACUCUGUCCCUUGUUGUCCGACUCUGAGGUGGAGGCCAGUCUGGGGAUCCCCCACUUGUCAUCAAACAAGGAGCACGCGUGGCCAACGAAGCCUUCCUCCAUGCUGUCCUCUGUCCAUUUCACCGCUUCUUCCGUUGAAUACAAGUCCUCAAAUAAGCAGCCCAAGCCCACCAAACAGCCCCGGACACCAAGGCCGCCCUCCACCUCCCAAGCUUUCUAUCCGGGUCCAAACCAACCUCCCAUUGCUCCUUACCAGACCAGACCACCCAUUCCUAUCAUCUGCCCUACUGGGUGUACCUGUAAUUUGCACAUCAAUGACCUUGGCUUGACUGUCAACUGCAAAGAGCGAGGAUUUAAUAACAUUUCGGAACUUCUUCCAAGGCCGCUGAAUGCCAAGAAACUCUACCUGAGUAGCAAUCUGAUUCAGAAAAUAUACCGUUCCGAUUUUUGGAAUUUCUCUUCAUUGGAUCUCUUGCAUCUGGGGAACAAUCGUAUUUCUUACGUCCAGGAUGGGGCCUUCAUCAACCUGCCCAACCUAAAGAGCCUCUUUCUCAAUGGCAACGAUAUCGAGAAACUGACACCGGGCAUGUUCCGAGGCCUACAGAGUUUGCACUACUUGUACUUCGAGUUCAACGUCAUCCGGGAGAUCCAGCCUGCAGCCUUCAGCCUCAUGCCCAACUUGAAGCUGCUCUUCCUCAACAAUAACUUGUUGAGGACUCUGCCCACGGAUGCCUUUGCGGGCACAUCCCUGGCGCGGCUCAACUUGAGGAAAAACUACUUCCUCUACCUUCCCGUGGCUGGUGUUCUCGAACACUUGAACGCCAUCGUCCAGAUAGACCUCAAUGAGAACCCUUGGGACUGCACCUGUGACCUGGUCCCCUUCAAGCAGUGGAUCGAAACCAUCAGCUCCGUCAGUGUGGUGGGGGACGUGCUGUGCAGGAGCCCCGAGAACCUCACCCACCGGGACGUGCGCACCAUUGAGCUGGAAGUGCUCUGUCCCGAGAUGAUGCACACGGCACCGGCCGGAGCCUCCCCGGCCCAGCCUGGGGAGCCCCACCUUCCGGGGGGGCCGACGAGUGCAUCUCCCUAUGAGUUCUCUCCCCCGGGGGGCCCGGUGCCUCUGUCCGUGUUGAUCCUCAGCCUGCUGGUCCUGUUUUUCUCCGCCGUCUUCGUGGCUGCGGGCCUCUUUGCCUACGUGCUCCGCCGGCGGAGGAAGAAGCUGCCCUUUAGAAGCAAGAGGCAGGAGGGCGUGGACCUCACUGGGAUCCAGAUGCAAUGCCACCGGUGCAACAACCCCAUCUACAAGCCUCGCGAGGAGGAGGAGGCGGCGGCCGUGGCAUCAGGGCAGGAGGCAGGGAGCGCAGAACGCGGGGGGCCCGGGACACAGCAGCCGCCGGCCCUGGGCGAGGUGCUCCUGGGGAGCGAGCAGUUUGCCGAGCCCCCCAAGGAGAACCCCAGCAACUACCGGACCUUGCUGGAGAAGGAGAAGGAGUGGGCCCUGGCCGUGUCCAGCUCCCAGCUCAACACCAUCGUGACGGGGAACCAUCACCACCCGCACCCCCACCACCCAGCCGUCGGGGGGGUGUCGGGGGUCGUAGCAGGACCUGGGGCAGACUUGGCUGGGUUCCGCCACCACGAGAAGAAUGGCGGGGUGGUGCUGUUCCCCCCCGGGGGAGGCUGCGGGGGAGGCAGCCUGCUCCUGGACCGGGAGAGGCCGCCGCCAGCCCCCUGCACGGUGGGCUUCGUGGACUGCCUCUACAGCACGGUGCCCAAGUUAAAGGAACUGCACGUCCACGCCCCUGGCAUGCAGUACCCAGACUUACAGCAGGAUGCCAGGCUGAAAGAAACCCUUCUCUUCUCGGCCGGAAAGGGCUUCACAGACCACCAAACCCCCAAAAAUGAUUACCUCGAGUUAAGGGCCAAACUUCAAACCAAGCCGGAUUACCUCGAAGUCCUGGAGAAGACAGCAUAUAGGUUCUAACAGAAAAA